AUGCUGGGCGAUGGUGGGGAGGAUGAAGAGCUCACCACUUCGAGGCUUGGAACCAAAGAGUACUGGACUGAGCAUUACAAAUUAGAACUGAAAAAUUUCGAGGAAUUUGGAGACGGAGGUGAAAUAUGGUUUGGACGUGCUGUUGAAAAUAGAAUCGUUAAAUAUAUCACUGAAAAACUGCAACUGUCCAAAUUGUCCAGGAUCAUCGAUUUUGGCUGCGGAAACGGUUCAUUGCUGAGAGCACUGCGGCGAAAAGGAUAUGUCAGUUUGUUUGGUGUUGAUUUUUUCGAAGAAGCAGUAUUGCUAGCGAGGAAACUUACCGAAGACAGUAAUUGCUGUAACAUUAAAUUUAUGAGAGGGGACUUGUUGGAUGAGGCUUUGGAUUUGAGCAGCUUCGAUAUUAUCAUCGACAAAGGUACUUGGGAUGCCCUAUCACUGUCGUUAGAUCGAGAUGCGCGUUUAAAAAAGUACAGAAGAAAUGUUUGCGAAACAUUGGAUCACUGCGGACUUUUUCUCGUAUGUUCAUGCAAUUAUACCGGGUAA